UCCUUAUGUUGUACAGCAUGAUAACCGUCUUCUUAUACUUCCCAUUUUGUGUCUAAGCUCCCCCACAAAUUGAGAUGGCUACCCAAGAAAUACCAUCUGACAAAUACAGAUCUUUCUUACAUGAUGAGGCAGAUACAACCCAGUGGAGACAUGGUGGACCACCCACCUAUGAUGAUGUCAACAAGCUCUUUGAAGAAGGCCGAACCAAGGAAUGGCCAGAAGGAUCAUUAGAGGAGACAGUGCAGAACGCCAUAAAAUCAUGGGAGAUGGAGCUCUCCCACAAGACCCGUUUGCAGGACUUCAAGACCAUAAAUCCUGAAAAGUUUAAGAUCUUUGUUAAUGGGAGGGAGGGAUUAUCUGGAGAGGAAACUCUAAGCUUGGGAAGUUAUAAUGCUUUGUUGAAAAGCUCCCUGCCAGAUGAAUUCAAGUAUUACAAAGCUGAUGAAGAGACUUUUGAAUCAUCUCAUGAUGCCUUCAGAUCAGCUUUUCCUCGCGGAUUUGCAUGGGAAGUGAUCAAAGUUUUUACUGGACCCCCUGAAAUUGCCUUCAAGUUUAGGCACUGGGGCAUCUUUGAGGGUCCUUUUAAGGGACAUGCUCCUACCGGGAAGAUGGUUGAAUUCUAUGGCUUGGGAACUCUCAAG